GGAAGAUUUCGUAGAAGGGUGCAUCAAAAUGUAAAAGGUGCUUGAUCGUCUUGGUCGCAAACGUCAUUCGCUAAGUGACCAGAGUCUUCGAGACUCUGUAGUUUCCUACAAAGGGCAUCUGUAGUUUCCUACAAAGGGCAUCUGUAGUUUCCUACAAAGGGCAUCUUCGAAUUUCCAGAAGUAUGAUGUAUCAGCAUAGCAUGCGUCACAAAUGAAUAAAUAAACAACACCUACUAGAAAAUAGGAACAAAGAACCAGAUUAAAGGAUUGGUCGUCCUGUCGUAGAAGCGACACCAAGCGAAACUACAAGAGAGCUGGAGGUGGAUUCAUCCUAUAAUUCGAGGUUAUUUCGGGAGUGCAAAUAAGAAGUAUAAAUACUUAUAAGCAAUGCCAGAGCAGCCUAGUUUCAUCCUGCACCAGGAUGUCGCUGGAGUGAGUGCCGAGGUCGAGCAGGAAGUCGAGGAUGCUCUUCGAGACCUCACCGACGUGGCUGAGGUCCGCAGUCUUCUGCAGAAUGUGACUCGGCUAAAGAGCGGCCUCAAAUUAAGGCUUUUACCUCUACAGUAUCCUUAAGUACACAACCGCUGCAGCAUCGAUUCUCAGCGUCAUCCUUGGUCUCUUUUUCAAGUAGAAAAAGGGCCCAAGAAGAAAGAUGGCCUCAGGGAUCGAUGCGACGCGCUAGCUCCAAUGAAAGAAGUCAUCGCAGCUUCAACAUCUAGUAGUUCUGCUUCCAGUGGAAUAAAUUUCAAUGGUCAUUGUAGUUCGAGUUCCUCAGCACAGGCAGGUGGAAAUAUCACUAGUAGCAGUAGUACUUUCCCCGGAGGUCCUACUGAGCACCAGGCUCCUGGAGCAGCUUCAGAUGCGGAUAAGAGUAUGUGGACAGAGGCUGAAAAACGAUUGCAAAGUCGUGUGCUGGAGUUACAGAGGCAGAAAGCGGACCUCCACGAACACGUGCUGAACUUGAACUCACGUGAACACGAUCUUCGCCUUGAAGUAGACGCAGCACGAAGAGAAGUAUUUAUUAGUACUUCUUGUGCAAAACUGGAACUGCUACAUUCAUAAUUGUACAAAACCGAGGAUGUUGUCAAUUUUUCCUUUCUCACGUUGAAAACGAAAAAGUAAAAGACUGUAGACGGUUUUCAAUGUCAUAUUACCAGACAACAUAAUAGAAGCAAGUAAGUAGUUUCUUGUUGACAAUUAUCAUGAUGAAAGCCUUUCCUUUGCAUCCUAAUUAAGGUUUACACCUCGCGGGAAGGCGCUCGCUCUGCGGGUGCGGAGCUCAGAUGGCGGAAGUUUUUGGGUCGGAAGAAAUACCAAUUGUACAAGACCGCUACUGGCAUCAGAUGGGCUGACACAGGUGGAGCUCGCGGAUACAUCUCUCUGGAACACGUCUCAGCCUUCGACUUUUCGCAUCUGCCAGAGGAUGACGUAUCCGAAGCCUUGUGGACGAAGAUAGAACAUUGUGCUGGCCUUAUGGACCAGGACAGAAACGCUGCAGGCAGAAAUAAGAACGAUGGCUUGAUUUGAUAGAUCAUGUACAUGUCGGAGUCGGAGGACAUUGAUGAGAUUGGUGGUUCAGAUCUUGCUCCUGCUGAGAAUGUUGUCUUGAUGUUGUCUGUCGUAGUUGGAGCCCUCUUCUGAGGAUCGAUGACACUUCUACUCCAUGAAAAUCUUGCUGCGGCUGUGAUUAACAUUGAGAAAUCUUCUUGCUGAUAAAGGACGCGACCAAAUAAAUAUAACGAUAAUAAUUGAAUCAUCAUCUGCAUCUCUGCGAAU